AUGAAGGGUUUCAUCCUACAAUUUGUCGGGUUUCUAUGUUUGGCUAGUGUUCUUCUUCCUAGCGAAGCUUUGACGCAUCGCUAUAAAUUUGUCGUGAAAGAAGCUUCAUAUACAAGACUUUGCAGCACUAAGAAUAUAUUGACAGUAAAUGGCCAAUUUCCAGGACCAACUCUGCGCAUUCGUCAAGGCGAUACGGCCAUUGUUCAUGUCCACAACAAGGGAAAAGAAAACAUCACCAUUCACUGGCAUGGAGUGAAACAGCCGAGGUAUCCAUGGUCAGAUGGUCCAGAAUACAUAACUCAGUGCCCUAUCAUGCCUGGAGAAUCCUUUACUCAAGUGAUUGGGAUUUCUGAUGAGAUUGGGACCUUGUGGUGGCAUGCUCAUAGCGAUUGGUCUCGAGCAACAGUUUAUGGUGCUCUUAUUAUCUACCCUAAGAAAGGAGAUAGUUAUCCAUUUCCCAAGCCUCAUGCAGAAGUGCCCAUCAUCUUAGGAGAAUGGUGGAAGAGUGACAUACAAGCUGUUCUUAGCCAGUUUUUACGUGGUGGAGGAGACCCGAAUGUCUCUGAUGCUUAUCUCAUAAAUGGUCAGCCUGGUGAUCUCUGUGAAUGUUCAAAGCCAGAUACAUUCAGGCUGACGGUGGAUUAUGGCAAGACUUAUUUGCUUCGGAUGAUAAACAAUGCCAUGAACAACAUCCUUUUCUUUUCCAUUGCAAAGCAUCAAAUUACUGUGGUAGGAUCAGAUGGGAGCUACACAAAGCCAUUCAAGAGUGAUUAUAUUGCUAUAUCCCCAGGACAAACCAUUGACUUCUUGUUAGAAGCCAAUCAAGCACCUGCUCACUAUUACAUGGCUGCUAAAGCUUAUAACAGUGCCCGUGCUGUUAGAUUCAGCAAUUCCACCACAACUGGAAUCAUACAAUAUCGUGGAAAUUAUGCUCCAUCUUCACCACCAUCUUUCCCAAAUCUUCCACUGUUCAAUGAUACUAAAGCAUCCACUUCUUUCACAGGAAGCCUAAGAAGUUUAGCAAGUAAAGUUGAUGUUCCGCUCAAAGUGGACACCAAGCUUUUUUUCACACUUUCUAUAAAUACACUCCCUUGUGAAGGAAAUAAUACUUGUGCUGGACCAAGAGGCAACCGGCUUGUAGCCAGCGUAAACAACAUAACCUUUGAGAGCCCCCAUAUUGACAUUCUUGAAGCUUACUAUCGCCACCUCAAAGGAGUCUACGGAGAUCAAUUUCCAAGUUUUCCACCUUUGAAAUUCAACUAUACAGCAAAUAAUCUUCCAGCGGAACUUCAAAGGCCUACUAGGGAUAGGCAAGUUAGAGUUCUUGAGUACAACUCGAAUGUGGAGAUUGUUUUCCAGGGAACAAAUUUGGUUGCUGGGAUUGAUCACCCCAUGCAUUUACAUGGAUAUAGUUUCUAUGUAGUUGGCUGGGGUAUUGGGAACUUUGACGAGAAGAAGGACCCUUUGAAUUAUAAUCUUGUUGACCCUCCUCUCAUGAACACUAUUGCUGUUCCAAGAAAUGGCUGGACAACCAUCAGGUUCAAGGCAAACAACCCUGGUGUGUGGCUCAUGCAUUGUCAUCUAGAGCGUCAUGUAAGUUGGGGAAUGGAAAUGGCAUUCAUAGUUAAGGAUGGCAAGGGUCCAGGAGAGCAAAUUCUCCCUCCACCUCCAGACAUGCCUAAAUGUUAAUGCUGGAAUUCUA